AAACAGUUCUUGUUUUAAUUUUUAUUCAUGUUUCCAAACAAUACCAAAAGGUACUUCAGUUUUAAUAAUAUAGAUGGGACAAAAGGAUGAAAAAAAAUCUGGCACCACCUAAAGUAAUCUCCCAUAGGACAAGAGAAUGAUUAAUGACAAUUUGCCCCAUUAAUGAAAUCAAUAUGAACCCUUGGAAUAGAAUUAUAUGGGAUAUAACGUGAGCCGUCGGAUCAUUAGAAUAAAAGGGAUCAAUAUUAACAAGAAUGCCAUUAAUGAAACUCUCCCUUAAGCCGUCGGAUCUUCUGUCUUUGUUUUAAUCUUGGCCUUCGGAUCUCACAUCCAAACUCUUCUCUCUCGCCUGGGUCCCACAGAUGCAUUAAUCCUUUUUCUUCUUCUUCAUUUCUCCUACAACCAUACUCAACUACCACAGAAAUUCAUUCUCCUCACCAACAAAAGCUUUCUUCUUCAACUUUUCAUCCACAAACCUUCACCUCUGUUUCUUGGGGAUUUUCGACAGGUUAGGACACCGUGAAACAGGUCAUGUACGUCGUCCUUAGUUCUGAAAUCGGUUGAUAAGUUCAUUUUCAGGAACUAUGGAUAGUAAUGGGUCUGUGGUGAUACAUUUUGAACAUGGUGAAGAGCAACAUAUUUCUACACUAGUGAUGAAAGGAAGAUAUGAGGAGAUUACAUAUUCUCAGUUGGUUGAUAGAAUAGCCAAGAAAAUGAAGAUCGAUGUAGUUGAGACGAAGCUUGAGUUGAGUUACUUUCCGCUGGUAUUGAAUAAUAAGAGGCUUUGUUAUAUCUUGGAUGAUGAAGAUGUUUUAGGAUAUUUAAUGAAGGUAGAUAAGAAAAACCGACGUAGUGUCUUGCGUGUGGAGCUUAAGGAAAUCGUCGCAGAAAAUCAGUGCAACGAGAUGUUUUCUAUGAAUGAGGAAAAUCUGAGUGAUGCCAGAGCUAAUGAUGGCAUGGUUGGAGUUGGAGAGUUGGAAAUUGUUCCUCAUAUUCAGGAGGAUGAGUUUGAGCAUGAGAAAAUCAGUGAAGAGGGUAAUGAAAUGGAUGAUAGGGAGGAGUUGCCGGCUGUUACAGCAGUUGAACCUCCUGUUGUCAAUUCAGAGUGGGAUGAUGGCAUUGAUAUUAGUUUUCAUCAAGAAUUUGCGACUAGAGAAGAAGUGAGGGAUUUAGUGGACAAAGGUGUGCAUUCCAAUUGUUUUCAGGUUGAUAUAAAGAAGUCGAAUCCUCGGGUUUACAUACUGAAAUGUCGUGGGGCUGGAUGCAGAUGGUAUUUACGAGCUGCAAAGCUGAAGAACUCUGAUUUUUUCUCUAUCAGAACGUAUAGAAAGAUGCAUACGUGCUCUCGUGGAGAUGCAAGUGUCAUGAAGAAGAAGAAAAGAGGCACGCCAAGCUUGGUCGCAUCAGUGGUGCACUCUGAUUAUCCCGACAAAUACAAGACUCCGGCUCCAAAGACUCUCAUAGAUUUGGUGCAGAACAGACUGGGUGUUAAGGUUUCAUAUUCUACGGCUUUGAGAGGGAAAAAUAAAGCUUUGAGUGAUUUGCGUGGCAACCCGGAGGAGAGUUUUGCUAGGCUGCCAUCUUACUUGCACAUGCUACAAAAUAUGAAUCCUGAUACCAUUACACGAUUAGAAGUGGAUGAGAAGAACCAGUUUAAGUAUAUGUUCUUUGCGCUCGGAGCUUGCAUCGAAGGGUUCAAGGCGAUGAGGCAAGUGAUAAUAAUGGAUGGAACUCACCUGAAGGGUGUGUACAAAGGAGUGCUUCUCAUUGCCACUGCUCAGGAUCCAGAUCAUCAUCAUUAUCCCCUUGCUUUUGCGGUAGUAGAUGGUGAGAAAAAUGCAAGCUGGGAGUGGUUUUUAACUAUAUUAAAAACUUUGAUACCAGAUGAUCCUCAGCUUGUAUUUUGUACUGAUAGAAACCAAAACAUCAUCAAGAAAGUACACGAGGUAUACCCAUUGGCGAUCCAUGGAUAUUGCAAUUAUCACUUGUCUAAUAAUGUCAGCGGAGCUUGCAGCAAUGUUAACAAGAAAGGGGUUGCCAAAAAAUUUAGAGAUAUUGCUGGUAUUUACAGUGAGGUGGAGUUCAGAAAAUGCUACAACGAUUUCAGGAAAAUGUAUCCUCAAGCGGCCGAGUAUCUAGAUGACAGUGUUCAUGAGACAAAAUGGGCAAGAUGUAAAUUUCCGGGAGAAAGGUACAACAUAGACACAACCAACACUGUUGAAUCUAUCAAUGGUGUUUUGAAGGAACCAAGGAAAUAUGCGUUGUUGCCAAUGCUUGAUGUGAUCGUGGAAAACAUAACAUAAUGGUUCAACAAAUACCGUCUAUUAUCUCUAUGCGUACCAGAGAGGCAGAUACAAAUCCCACAUGUGCAUGGGAUAUUGCAUCACAUAUAUCCUACGGCUAAAAAGCUGAAGGUGACCGAGCUAAAUACAUUUGAAGGUCACUACAAUGUGCUUGGCGAGGAUGGUCAUGGUUAUUUGGUUGAUUUGAGCAACAGAACAUGCUAUUGUAGGUAUUUUGAUAUUGAUCGGUAUCCUUGUGUGCAUGCACUUGCUGCCAUCAUGGCGCGUGGAGAAAUGGCUGAACAUUAUUGUUCUAGGUAUUACUGGAUGGAGCAGUGGACUUUGGCAUAUUACAGGACAAUAUAUCCAGUGCCUCAUCAUUCAACAUGAGAAAGUUCUGAAAUUCCUGAGGAAAUCCGAUCUCAGGUUGUCUUCCCUCCGUAUGUGGAGAAAAAAAAGGAAGACUACAAGUUACUAGAUUCCCGUCUGCCGGAGAAUAUCGGAGGAAGAGAAAGAAGAAGUUUCCACCAUUGAUUG